AUGCAAGCCCUACUUCUGCGGUCUUUACUGCUUUUUAUGAUAGCUACGAUAGUGUUCCCUGCAUUUUAUACCGUGACAACAACUCCUGUAGUCUACCCAAAAGUGUACCCAUAUUCUAACUUUUAUGACGACUUGGAGGAAGACAGGCCCAUCCAUCGAGAAAGACGUCAAUUCGGAUGGGGUGGUCCCUGGGGCUAUGGAGGAGGACCGUGGGGCUUUCGUCGCCCAUGGGGUUGGGGACCACGACCAUGGGGAUUCGGCGGACCUUUUGGAUGGGGGUAA